AUGUUGGCGUUAAUUCUGAUCGUCCUACUGAGUUGCCGUGGGAUUUCGACCGCAUCCACGCAGGACUUUUUCGGCGAUAAAAAAGAGACCCACUUCGAUUUGCUGGAGGCGGCGGUCUCGCUGAUAGACGACAAGAGCCUCUACAUAAGCGACGGCUACGACGGCUUCCCGGCGUUCGGAUUUCGGCCGUCGUCCGAGGUCAAGCAGCCCUAUCGCAUGUACCUGCCGGAGAAGCUCAGCGCCGAGUUCACCAUCGUGGCCAUGUUCAAGAUCCAGUCGGCCAGGAACAGCUAUCUCUUCUCCGUGCUCAAUCCGUUCGAGACGGUCGUUCAGCUUGGCAUUCGGAUUUCGGAGGGCCCGUCGUCCAAUCAAAACAUAUCGCUCGUCUACACCAACUCCGACAUGCACUCGUUCUCCGACGAGGUGGCCAAGUUCACCGUGCCCAAGCUCGUGAGGAAGUGGUCCAAGAUCGUGAUACGCGUCACCAUGACCGAGGUCGUUCUCUACCUGAACUGCAACGAGGUCGGCCGCCAGCGGGUCACGCGGAUACCGCCCGAGCUCGUCUUCGACACGGCCAGCACGCUCUACAUCGCCCAAGGUGGUCCGCACAUACAGGAGAAAUACGACGGCUUGGUGCAAACGUUAAAAUUACACAUUGGAUAUCCUCAAGAUCUCGUCAAGUGCAAUGAAGACUUUAACUAUUUCUCGGGAGAUGGUUCAGGAGAUGAAGACGUCGACUUAUUUAGUGACUUAGAAGAAAUCAGUCCCUACGGAGUACCCAUCGUCCGAGGCAACGAAGACAGCAUCGAGGAAGCGAAACCAGCGACUCCUGCCACGACCCCGGCGCCGAUUCCAAAUCCCUCUUAUCAGGUGAAAGGAGAAAAGGGUGACAAAGGAGAGAAGGGCGAAGGCGUGAGAGGACCUCCGGGACCGCCUGGCAGAAGCUAUGAUCUCAACGAUGAGGAUUUGAUAACGAGACUGCCGAAAGGACCGCCCGGACCUAAAGGCGAUCCCGGCGAUUGCGGAUGCAACGCCAGCGCGGUUAUGAAUUCGUUCAUCAUGCCGCAGAUGCUGGUGGGCGAGAAAGGCGAGCCCGGACCACCGGGCAAGGAAGGCCGACCUGGACCACUCGGGUUAACGGGCUCGGCAGGUCCACCGGGCGAGCGUGGCCAGUUCGGGCCACCCGGACCGAAGGGCGACAAAGGCGACUUGGGUCCCCGAGGUCUGGAGGGCGCGCAAGGCGCCAAGGGCGAGCCCGGCCGCGACGGCGUAGCCGGAGAAAAAGGAGCUCAAGGUCCGCCAGGACCGCCUGGCAAAGGCGACUUCUCCAGCUUCGACCCCAGUUGGAAGCCCCGAGCUAUCUAUAGGACCGACGGUUACACAAUGAGACCUGGCCUGCCCGGACAAAAAGGCGACGAUGGAAAACCCGGUCAUCCCGGCCCGAAGGGCGAACCGGGAGUGCACGGAGCAAAGGGUAUCAAAGGCGACAUGGGUCACAAAGGCUCGAAAGGCGAUCACGGCAAGGAGGGCUCUCGAGGCUACCAAGGCAUCAAAGGCGAGCCCGGGGCGCCGGGCACGCCGGGACUGCCGGGUGCCAGCGGAGAGACCGGCCGUACAGGGGACAAAGGUGCCAAAGGUGAUAUCGGGCCGGAGGGAAAACCCGGACCCGCUGGACCGCCGGGCCCGGCGAGCAUCGGUGGCGGUACUUUCGUCAAUGGCGAUUCGGCUCUGAGAGUUAUAAAGGGCGAGCCCGGUGAACGAGGUUAUAAAGGGGACAUGGGUUUCAAAGGCGAAAAAGGUGAUCAAGGUGAAACGGGGGCGUCGGGCAUACCAGGCGUAAACGGAGUUCAAGGGCCGCAAGGAAAUAAAGGAGAGCCUGGUAAGGACGGCACACCCGGAUUUCCGGGAACGCCCGGUUCGAAGGGCGAGCGAGGCGAGCGAGGCCCGCCCGGAGUGACCGCGAUCGCAGGCUCGGGCGAUUACGUGACCAUUAAGGGUGAAAAAGGAGCCGAAGGUAAACGCGGCCGCAGAGGUAGGCCAGGACCACCAGGACCGGAAGGCCCGCCAGGAAAGCCCGGAACGUUUUCCGAAAUGGCCCUUCCUACUUGGCUCAAUAAUUUGAAGGGCCGAUCAGCAGCAGCCGGCAUUCCAGGCAAUCCUGGGCCAAAGGGUGAAAAAGGUGAACCCGCUAAUUUUUACGGUUCAGGAUUUAGCGCCAAAGGCGAAAAAGGGGACAAAGGCGACGUCGGUUAUCCCGGCAUACCCGGUGCACCCGGCCGAGACGGCCAUCGAGGGCCACCCGGACCCCCUGGACCGGCCAUACAAGGAACUUACAUACCAGUUCCCGGUCCUCCAGGUCCGCCGGGACCACCGGGUCCCCCGCACUCGGGAGGAGGCGGGGGAGCUGGCAAAAGCCAUAUUUAUGGCGAGCGUGACUAUUACGGCUCUCGACAGGGAUUAAGGAGCAGCUUGGACGAACUUAAAGCUUUGCGAGAGUUGAAAGAGCUUAAACUAAAAGAACAUUUAGGAUCUAACUCAGCUGCAUCGAAGAAUUCUUACGAGCCGACCACGAAAAUCGUUCCCGGGGCCGUAACUUUCCAAAACGCCGAAGCCAUGAUAAAGAUGUCCGCCGUGAGUCCCGUUGGUACACUGGCCUACAUCAUAGACGAGCAAGCGCUACUGGUCCGUGUAAACAACGGUUGGCAGUACAUUCCGCUCGGAACACUUUUGCCGAUAACGACACCUGCUCCCUCGACGAGCGUAUCGCCCUCCGUCGUUCCGCCUUUCGAGUCGUCCAAUUUGAUCAAUCAAUCCCCCAUUAAAACGGAUAACGGUGGCGCCUGGUAUCCCAAAAUGUUGAGGAUGGCCGCCCUGAACGAGCCGUUCACCGGUGACUUGCACGGCAUACGGGGCGCUGAUUACUCGUGCUAUCGACAAUCGAGACGUGCCGGAUUAAGGGGCACUUUUCGAGCUUUUCUCAGCUCGCGCGUCCAAAACGUCGACAGCAUUGUCAGGAUAAGCGAUCGUGAUUUGCCCAUCGUGAAUAUCAAGGGCGACGUCCUAUUCAAGUCGUGGAAGGACAUGUUCAGCGGUCGCGGGGCAUACUUCUCACCCAAUUCGAGAAUCUACAGCUUUAAUGGAAAGAACGUCAUCACGGAUUACACGUGGCCGGACAAAGUCGUUUGGCACGGCUCGCAUGCAGAGGGCGAGCGGGCCAUGGAUACGUACUGCGACGCAUGGCAUUCGUCGAGCGCCGACAGAUACGGCCUGGGCUCGCCGCUGACCAGCGGCCAAAUUCUCGAGCAGCGUCGCUAUCCGUGCGACAAUACGCUCGCCCUGCUCUGCAUCGAGGUGGCCAGCGAGCCGACCACCAAACGUCGAAAGCGCUCCACGCCCAACGAGUUCGACUUUGCCGAGGAGGAAAAAGACGGCGCCUCGAACAGCGACGACAACGACGACGAGGACGUGCUCAGCGAGGACGAAUACGCUCAGCACUUGGACUUUAUCGGGUUGCGUUAAAGCCGAUUCGCGUGUAGCUGAGCUCGCUGUAUGAUCGACGCUGCGACGAGCGAAUGAUUUCGGCUAUAACUCCCGCGAGUCGUCGCCCAAGAGAUCCCAUCCAAUUAAAAGAGACAAUUAAUUGAGUUUCAAACGAACAAGAAGUGAAUCAUUAGUUGUGAAUAUGCUAAUUAAAGCUCUCAUCGAUUACUGCCGAUCAAUUUUUUUUAUUACCUCUCGCUAUAUAAGUUUAAUUAACGAAACACACACACACUGCCGUGUACGCAUGAUUCCAAAUACUUAGACAAUGUUUGACAGUUUACCGCGUGAAUGUGGCUCGACUGAAUGAAUCUAACAAGCUGUAUAAGUGGUCGAAACAUGCCCCCUAACGAAGUUGCCGUACUCUAAUUACCAGAAAAUCAUGAAGCGUAUAUGUAUUGAUAACUUCCCGACGACGACGACGACGACGACGACGACGACGAUGCGACGAUAGUGACGGAAUAUUAGAAGUUUAGAAUACGAAAAAAUGUUUAUCCACGAGGCUGACUCUAAUAUCGAUGACAUUUGAAACAAUAUCUCAGAUUCAUUCAAUAGAGUAUUAAAAUUAAUCAUUAAAAUCAAAACUGAUCACUCAAUUUAUUAAUUGUUGCUUUAUUGGCCAAUUAGCCUUUGACGAUUCAAUCAUUUCAUAUUAUUGCAACGAAAAAUCAAUAGAGUUCGAUCCCCGACUCCUUUACUGGCCCGUGUUUACGCAGCAUAACUUACGUAGAAUGUGCUAGAUUUAAUAUUUAAAAUUAAGAAAUGCUAAGUACGCAAAUAUCCAAAGUGACUCGUGCAAUUUUAUAAUAAAAAUAAUUAUAUCGAUGUUCUAAAAAAAACUUACUGUUGCAUAUCGUUUUUCUUUUGUAACAUAUCAAAUAAACCAUCUUCUGGGUUAUCGGUAGUUUAGCCAGUGGAGCAUUUUGAAAUAAAUUUAUAACACGAUGUAUUUGAAACGAAAGGUUGAUGUUUAUAUAAAAAAAAAAUAAAAAAACAUUAAAUAAAGUACU